ACAUUUUAAGGUAUCGUCUGCCACUGUACAGUGUAUAAUGUGUUUUGGUUAUGAUGAUUAGUGCGGUGGCAAAAUACCGAGAAAAAAAAAAUUAAAAAUACCCAUGGACCUGACACGUUUUCGUCAUUUUGUCCCUGUUGUCCCUUCUGUUGACAUCCGUCCGUGACCUUGUUCAGACCACGAUAAACAAGACCCCAACCAUAAACAUGCGAGCGCUCUCACGCACAGAGCCCGGGUAUAAAAGGCAGACCUGUCCGUCGGGGCUGGCGGAGUCAUGACGGAGAGCGGAGAGGCUCUGGAGCGCCUGAGGAGGUGUUGCUUCCCCUGUACCCCGCACUGUCAGUUCUGCACUCGAGACAAAGUCAUGGCUGCUUUUAAGGGCAUCUGGACUCAGGAGUUCUGGCGCUGUGUGGGGGCGGAGUUCUUCGCCAUGUUGGUCUUCGUCCUGCUCAGUCUCGGCUCAACCAUCAACUGGGGGGCUGUCGACAGGGAUCCUGCGCCCCCCGACCUCGUGCUCAUUUCACUCUGCUUUGGCUUGAGCAUUGCAACCAUGGUGCAGUGCUUCGGCCACAUCAGCGGUGCUCACGUCAACCCCGCAGUCACAGCGGCUAUGGUGGUGACGAGGAAGCUUAGUCUGGCUAAAGCAGUGUUCUACCUUCUGGCCCAGUGUACAGGAGCCAUCGUGGGAGCGGCCAUCUUGUACGGCAUUACCCCGGCCUCUGUCAGGGGCGGCAUGGGGGUCACUGGGGUGAAUGGAGGCAUCUCUGUGGGAAAGGCGCUGGUUGUAGAGCUCUUCAUCACCUUUCAGCUCGUCUUCACUGUGUUUGCUACCUGUGACCACAAGCGUACGGACCUGAAGGGAUCAUCCGCCUUGGCUAUUGGCCUGUCUGUGUGUAUUGGUCAUCUGUUUGCUAUCCCAUACACUGGAGCCAGUAUGAACCCGGCCCGAUCCUUUGGCCCCGCCGUGGUCACAUGGACCUGGGACAAUCACUGGGUGUACUGGGUGGGUCCAGUUCUGGGUGGGACUCUGUCAGCAGCCCUGUAUGAAUACCUGUUCUGUCCCGACCCAGAGCUGAAGAAACGUUACUCAGAGGCCUUCAUCAAGACGCCCUUCAUUGCUGCCAAACACAGGCAGGAUUCAGUCACGGCCCAGGAGCCUCUCUUCACCGUCAUGGAUGUGGAGAGAGCUGAGAGGAGGGAGAGGGAGAGGGAGAGGGAGAGGGAGGUGUCAGGGGAGGUUUUAUCCUCUGUAUGACUAGAAAGGAACGGCAGAACCAAUGUCCGGACUGCUGAACGGCAGUCCACUCUGCAGGAGACUGACCUCCUGUAGCCUGGCGUGGAAAACAUUAAAACGUCACAGAAGGAAGAAGAAAAAGAAAUCCAAGACUGAGGGAAGUAUUUAUCCAAUGGGUGACCAUGAUUGCUUGUACAUUUUAGCCAAGAGAAAGAAGGCAAUGGUUAUGUAAUUUCUAUUUUGUGAUAUUCGGUGGAGGCACGUAUGUAGAAACCGCCACUGCACAUGCAUUUUAUUUAAUUGCGUUCUUCUUAAUAUUAGAAAAUGGCAUCCAUCGACACACAAAGAGGUAAAACAUCAUGUUGUGGAGAACGUGCACCAAACCAACAACCGUGGAGACAUACAGUGCCACUUAAAAUUAUUUGCACCCCUCACAAUUUUCUACGUUUCUCCGCGGAUUUUCAAACAAAUCCCGACAAUAGACAAAGAGAACCCAAUCAAGCAAAUGAAACCAACAUGUUUUGGUAUUUGUUUAUUGUAGAAAAUUAAUAAUUUGUACUUGUCUGUUGAGGUGCAAAAAUAAGUGAACUCUUGUUUUAGGUAUCUGGUGUGACCCCCUUGUGCAGCAAUGACAGCAAUUAAAUGUCUCUGACAACUUCUCAUCAGUCAUAUAUAACAGCUUGGGGAGAUUUUAGCCCAUUGCUCAGUACAGAACAGCUCCAGUUCUGAGAUGUUGGUAGAUUUGCUCACAUGAACUGUUUGCUGCAAUUCCUUCCACAAAAUUUCUUGUGGAUUAAUGUCAGGAUGUGACUUGGCCAUUCAAAAAUAUAAACUUUAUUCUUCUUUAUCCAUUUGUAGAACGACUUGUGUGCUUGAGGUCGUAGUCUUUCUGCAUGACCCAGUUUCUCUUGGGAUUCAGGCCACAGGCAGGUGUCCUGACAUCAUCUUUCAGUGUCCUGGCCCAGAUGCAGCAGGACAGGCCAAGACAAGGACAUUACCGUCCCCCGUGUUUCAUGGACAGCAUACGGUUCCGAUGCUGCAAUUCUGCUUUGGUUCUGAUGUUUAGAAAAGUACAGACAGGCAUGUUCUUUUUGCAGAGCAGUGGCUUCGUCCUUGCCACUCUGCCGUGCACACCAUGGUUGUUCCGUGUCCUCCUGAUGGUGUCAUGCAUGAAAGUGAACAUUAGCCAAUGUGAGAGUUUCCUUUGUGAAAGUCCUGAGGGGAGAAAAUACUUUUAGGCGGCGCUUUAAGUCUCUGGAGCCAAUAGUAAGGGGACAAAACAAAUUCUGCCUUCAGCAACACAAUACACAGGCGAUGAACAACAAAGUGAUUUUAUAGUUUUGUUUUCUUCUGACCCUCUCUUAAAGUCUAUUUUAUCUAGUUAUGCAGAAAGAAAAAUUAUUACACUAAAAACCAGUGCUCACAGGCCUGCUCUAAUGUUACAACAUAAACUUUUUCAUAAUUUUAGACAGCUCUUUUGAUUUAUGUAAUAUAGUUUUACAAAAAUUCAAUAUUGUAGCUGUCUCUUCAAUAUUAAGACCAGGUGAUAUGUUUGAACAAUGCCACAAGGAAAAUUAGCUUGAGCUUCAGCAGUAGGAUAUUCUUCUGAAGAAAUUAUGUAGAAAUUGGUCAGUGGCAAGGUGUUUGAUAUUGUUCUUACAAGUGCUUAAUUCAAAAUCCUCCACAACAUUUCAGUGGGAUUCAAAUUUUGGUUUUGACCUGCUCAUUAAACUCUGUUACUCUUCUUUUUUCCAGUGGAUUUGGUUGGAAACAUUAACCUGUUGAAAGGGCCACUAUUUGUUAAAAGAUGACCUUACAUCAUUCAUAGUUGAAUCAAUGAUUGCAUGUUGCCCUGAGGCAGCUAGUGAGAACUUUGCAAUAUCUACCGUUAUUAUUAAAAAACAUUAUGCCAUA